GUCACCGUACGUCACCGUACGUAAUACAUGGCAGAGGGGAAAUACGUCAUAUAUGGUAGACGAAAUGUUCUACAGCUGUCUAAUUAUUUUUCUGCCUUGAUCACUAAGAUUGAACGCAUUUGUGAUGAAAUCAACAUUUUGAAAAGCUCCGACAUCCUUCGAAAAAAAAACAUGAAAUGUUCCGAUCGCAGAACUUCGAACAAGUCACACCAGAUAAGGUUGUUUAUACAUCCGUUUACCUGUUCCUUCGGGUGACCGCUGGGUGAUGGUCAAUGUUUUAAUACUUUCUUAAAAGAAUGAACGUGAAACGGGAUUCAGCGUCUUUUUGCUCUUCGUUCGCAUUAGUUUUAGUUUCAUAUUUAUCAGUUUUAGUUACCAUCAGUGGAAAAGAAAAUCUCGAUGAGCAAAUAGCGUUUGAUGUUGCAGGAAGUCAACAACCAAUCUCGUUUUCUUCCAAUGAUCAGAGCACGGGGUACAUUGUUUACUGUCCCUGUAUGGGUAAGUUAUAAAUUAUUAUGAAAACAUUAUUCAUAGUACAUAAAAGAAACAGUACUUAACAGAAUGAGUUAGAUGUAUCUUGGUGCAGAGGCCUAUGCGGUUAAUUCGUUUUUUUUUUGUAAAAUCAACAAAGAGUCGAGGGUAUUGUGGAAUUUAAUAUCACCCAAAAAAUAUUGAUGUUCUUCAUUGUGUAAAAAGUGUAUACCGUAAAAUUCCGAAAAUAAGCCCCUCCAUGUAUAAGCCCCUCCAAAUAUAAGCCCCCCAAAAUCGUAACGCAAAACACCCUCUGUUCAUCGCCCCUCCCAAUAUAAGCCCCCUGGGGGGCUUGUACUUGGAAUUUACCCUCGAAUACAAAAUAAAACAAAGCAAAAAUGGUAAAUUUCAUUUCCACUACAAGCUAUUGUAGCCCAACCGAUUUUAUAACGCAAAUUUCCCUCGGUCCAUAAGCCCCUCCGAAUAUAGGCCCCUCCAAAAAUAAGCCCCUCAAAAAGGGCCUUUGAAAAAUAUAAGCCCCGGGGCUUAUUUUCGCAAUUUUACGGUAUGUUGUGGUCGUGCUUGUGGUCAUUUACGCGGGGGAAUUUAUCCCUUGCCCUUGGCCCUUCCUAUGACAGCCCUGUCUUUUUGCCCAGCAGGUGUGUCUCUACUGUUCCUGGAAAAAACUAAUUUUUUUUAUUUCUUUGGCAUUGCAUACAGGUCGAUUUGGAAACCAAGCUGAUCAGUUCUUGGGAUCACUGUCAUUUGCAAAGGGACUGAAUAGGACUCUUGUACUUCCUCCCUGGAUAGUGUACCCAAGCUACAAAAUUGGAGGCUCUGUAAGAAUUAUUGUUACUAUAUUUUCAAACAUAAAUGUAAAACUAUUUUCUCCAGACUUGCCAACUCUCACCCAAUCUCACGGUGUUUUGGAAAAUAUCAUUCUGAUAUCAAAUGUUACUUUUUUUGAAUAAAAACGGAAAUUUUGUGUUGAUUGCUAGUGCUUGUUUAAGCCUUGAUGGCACUUUGUCCAACACUUUGGCCAUGAAGUUGGCUGAUAAUUCAGAGGAAUCGACCCUUUGCUGUAAGUUUCAUCCCAGUUAUGACCUCUUUUGUGCCCUCAAAGAGUCAUCAAAAAACUAAAAAAGUGGUAUCUUGUCACAAGUGGGACCACACUAAAACAAGGUACUAUUUAAAUAAACAAUUAAUUCCCCCAAUGGAAACAGGGUUGGUUUAAUCUUGGUCUGGAAAAAAUGAGAAUCUCACCACUUUUUGUAGAAUCUCCAAUUUUUUUUACUAGUCACCAGAUUUUCCUUGAUCAGGGGUUAGCAGGUCUGAUUCUCAGAGAUGCCAACCUGUGGAGAUCUAAUAUCUGUGGAGAUCUAAUAAACAAUUUUAGGAUUUUGUCUGCCACCUCCCAAAUGAGACUUUUCAAUGGCAAAUAUGGGGAGGAAAUAAAGGGAGAUGUAAAGAACCGACCAUAAGAGGACACAGAAAAAAUCUGAGCCCCAGAUGGGAUUUGAACCCACGACCCUCCGUGUUCUAGAUUGGAUACUCUAACCUCUAAACUACUGAGGACUCGUUGGUGAGCAAGGGUCAUUUUUGUGGGUUGGACUUGCGAACCACAUCACGCAGUCACACAGUCCAUCACAAGCAACACAUUAAGUCUUAACUGCAUCACGCAGUCACAUUAAUUGCAAGAAAUGCCUCGCCUAUGAAGGAGCCUCCAACCAACCAACCAACCUAUGCCACUGAUAAUAAUUAGUAUAAUAAAGGAAAUAAAGGGAGAUGUAAAGGGUCGUGGGUUUGAAUCCCAUCUGGGGCUCAGAUUUUUUCUGUGUCCUCUUAUGGUCGAUUCUUUACAUCGCCCUUUAUUUCCUUUAUAAUACUAAUAUCAGUGGCAUAGGUUGGUUAAAUAAAGGGAGACUUGUUUUAAUCUAUGGUUUGAUUUAUUUUCCAGGAGAGGGUACCAUUUGAUGAAUGGUUUCUUGUAAAACCACUUGAAGCUUAUCACAAUGUUAUAACAAUGGAAAAAUUUAUGAAAGAUAUUGCACCAAGUUUUUGGCCUCCUGGUCAACGUAUAGGUUGGUACUUUUUUUCUGUAAUGAUGCUUCUUAAACUCCUGGUUCAGUUGGACUAAACUAUUUAAGACAUAAGGGUUCCACCGUUAUUACACAUUCAGACCUAGUUUUAAACAUCAAAAAAAGUAGAUUGAGAUGGUGCGGUGAAGGGAUAUAAUAGAUGUGACUGACUGAGAUGUUGACGUUGUACAUAUUUUGAGGUCAAGACUGUCUGAAGAACACAAGAAUGACAGUUAGUCAUAAAUAUUGACUGAAACAACAUCAUUCUUGUAAAUAUUGCAUUUACAGCCUGGGGCAGUACUUCCAUUUAUGGGCUGGAUUGGUAUGUGCCGCCCUAUAGGGUAUGGUUUUUGAAGAUCUUGAUCCUGAUCUUGAUCCUUAAUUGCAAUUCUUAUCCCCAUUUUCCAUGGUCUCACGCACACAAACACACACACACAACAAAGAAACGCUUGCAUUUUUAGAGUCCUGCUGCUAAGCAAGCUGAACUAACUAUACCUUAGCAAAUUAGGAAAGCAAUUUAAUGAAUGUUAAUAUGUUGCCAUUAACUUCUUAGUUUCUUCUUUUCCCUUCAGGUUUCUGUUACUCCUUUACUGGGCAUAAAUGUAGAAUGAAGGAGGGGAAUCCAUUUGGUCCUUUCUGGGAUCAUUUUAACAUAAAUUUUGAUGACUAUCGGGAACACACUGGCAUGUUGUGGGACACGGAAAGUGGACACAGCAGACAAGCCUGGCUAGAAAGGUAAGAAGGAACAUCUUUUUGAAGGUGUAACAGUAUUGCAGUGAGGAUGUGAUAUUGGACUUAAUUCUGAUCUUAAUUUAUGAUAUGUUAGUUAGGCUACAUGUAUUGGCCAUUUUGAAAUAACACAUGAGACUGGUCCAGUGUUGUGUCCGUUGUACUAUAGCACUGUUUUGGGAGUGCUGCCCGUGAGGGACUUCCAUGUAACAGUGACAGGGAUGCUGUUCGGAAAAUUAGAAUUAGUAUAGGUAAUAGCAUGAUUAGUAGUGAUAUUUGGCAUAAAUACCACGAGUGAUAUUUCAAAAUUGUUAUACAUAAUUUCACGAGCCGCUGAAAUAUCUCGAGUGGUAUUUAUGCCAAAUAUCACGUACAAAUCAUGCUAUUAUUUGUUUAUACUACUACCCGCAAAAGGUUUGUAAUUUUCACAUGUAGGUAUUUCAAAUUAAGCUGAAAUACCACUCCUCUAAGCCAAUCAAAUUGCAGAAAUUUCUCAUGUAGUAGUAUAAAACCCCUAAGGGAGACCAAUGUGUGGGUGGCUCAAGGUUAAACUGACCCCUAAAUAAGACCAUACUAAACAGAUAUCAUGGCAGUUUUUUGUAAAUUUCUUUAUGCACAGCCCUAAGCAAAUUAACCUGAAUGGGCAAAUAUAGUGACUGUCUAUCCCAAACACCCUUGGCGAGACAAGAAUAUGCAAUUUACACUCCUAAGCUAGACCGCAAAACAGUACGUAUUUUUGGGUGCAAGAGCCAUAGUGGUCCCUCUCUGGCUCUUGGUAUGCACUAACAGUCACACAAAAGGUUUGGAGCGAAGCUGAAAAUGGAGACCUCGACUGGGGAGAGACGCUAAAAAUACCGACUUUUUUUUCUCUCGCCUCACACGCCCUUCACUUCGCUGUGUGCCCGUGAGACUCUUACACUACUUCUACGCAACCCUAAACCUAUUUUGAGAAAGAAAAAAAAACAACUGUUUUUAAUACAGUCUACUCCUAAGUGAGAUGAUGAGCAUCCCCGGCACUUUUAUAUGUUAGUCUCCCCCAGGGGGUGCUGCUGCUUCUUUCAUUGGCUAUUACAAGGUUAUGCAGGAAACUGGGAGGAGGAGUAAAAGGAGACGAAAUAAUCGGUUCUUUGCCCAAUGCACUUUACAUGAAAAACUGGUUAUAUCUUUCUCACUCUACUACAACUGAGCUUAAAAUUUAUCAUUUCUCUUUAAUUAUGACCAUAUGGUACUUUAUUGACAGUGCACAGUUCUUAACAGUAUGCAAGACAAAUGUCACAUGAAAUUAGUGAAGUGCCUUGAUGAGUCUCUCCACAGCUCAUUGAAUAGGGUGCUCUUCCUGGAUGUUUGGGUUGUCAUGGGUUUAAAAUAAAUACUCGACAUUUUUUACCGUUGAUUUUUUCCACGUUCGUGACUUAACAAACAUGUUAUCCUUCUCACAAGAAACAAAACAGUCUGUAAUUUUGAGCUUACAUUACAAGACCCUUAUACAAUUCUUGUUUUUGUCUUCGCUGAUCUUUAGAUUUCCAGCUUCGGAGUAUCCUGUAAUAGCUCUGAUGGGAGCUCCUGGGGAGUUUCCUGUCCGGGGGCAAAACUGGUGGCUUCAAAAGUUUGUCCAUUGGUCAAAGAAGAUUAAAAAGAAAGCCAAGGAAUUUAUUAAAAGUGUUCUGAAUAAUGAGCCAUUUGUUGGUAUUCAUCUACGCAAUGGUGUUGAUUUUGUAAGUUCUAUCGUUCGUAACUGUAUGAUAGUGUUUUAGUGCAGUUAGGAGGAGAAUGUUGACAGGCGAUUUUGCCCAGAAAAUAGUGUUUUUCCUUCGGUUUCCAAGAAUGACAGGAAGUCUCGAACAAGAAACUGACACAAGGGACUCCCCCCUCCCCCUUUCACGCAGGCUAACACAGAGGAUUGUGAGGUAAUCCCCUCCCGGGUGAGCGUUAGUUGGGAGGCACUUUCCCCCUCCACCUCCCCCUCUCCCUCCAUCCCUUUUUUUCGCUCUGGUUCAACUGGACGAACUCGCGCGGAAACGCUUGCUACGCAGUGAGACUGUGUUUUUUUUAUAUUUGGUUUUCGUCAAGAUCCCGGCCAGGGAACGAGGGUAUUUCGCUUUAUAAACAAAUCUUUUCUACAUUCAGCAUUUACGGCUUUUGAACGGAUCAAGUCGGAAGUAGUGGAAACAUGACAGUCACACGAUACCAAAAUUAAAGUUGCCGUGAUCUUUUUCAUUUUGUCGAUUUUAGCUUUCGAGUGCGAUCUUAGAAUCUUGAAUUUUGACCCACCUAGAAAUUAGAACUUUAGGAAGGGGAAAGUACCGUAUCUUCUGAGGCUUCGUUCAUAACUAAAGCCCCCAUAUGCAUGCAUAGCACAGUCCACAACAAAAAAGGACGAUGGUAACCCUGUGGGGGUGCUGCCACAUUCUCCUACAUGCCGACGUACUAUUGGUGACCGGCGGUCAUUUUGCCUACGCAUCGUGUUGCUAACGUCCCGUUCACGAACGUCUUAACGAGGGCUACACCUGUAUAUAUCUCGUUCUUUCAGCCAUGACACGAAAAGACUCCUAUAAACAGGUGUAUAUAUAGCUCAUUGAUCAAGCUUAGGACUUUGGCGACUGAAACAAACACGUAGACGACUCGUAGUCGAAACGACCGCAAAUCGACGUACUGACUAAUCUUCAGUGCUACUGACCCCUAACAACCUACGUAGUUCUUUGACAUUCAUGUGUAUUGACCAUGACUACAAACAAAUAUGUUUUACUCCUCUGUCCUUAUUCUACCUUAAUACACAAUCUUUCAUCGAGGAUUUUUCGCCAAAAAAAUUAUUUCUUUCACAGGAGAGGGCAUGUGAACACGUCAAAGAUCCAAGGCAGACCUCAUUGUUCGCUUCAACACAAUGCAUUCGGGAGGGUUCCAAGAAGCUAACGUACGAAAUGUGUUUUCCCCCAAAGAAGGAAAUCCUCAAGAGGGUUAAAAAGGUUGUAAAGAAAAUCAAAGCUAAAAGAGUAUUUGUGGCAACAGACCACGAUCCAAUGCUGAAAGAUUUGAGUCAGGCGCUGAAAUCACUCAAGGUAGGAUAUUGUUUUAAAAAGCUAAGCCACUGCUGAAGCAAACGUGGAAUUAGCCUCCCACGCAGGCGUUUUUAGGGGAGCUCGUUUUUCAUCCCUUCCCUAAAAAUGCCCCCGUGGGAGGCUAACGUCGAAUAGGCCAUUUCUGAGUUCCCCCGGGCCUCUGUUUCGAAACGAGGGUAGGUGCUCAGCCUUUGAUAUGGAAAUCAUUUUUCAUUCUCAUGCAAAUAAAACUCAUUUUCACAAGAAAGGUUGUGCACCUAGCCUCAUUUUGAAAAUGAGGGUUUUUGGAACUCGGAAGUGGCGUAAUAUUUGGGGUGGCCUUGUAGUGAAGUAGCCCCCGAGGAGUUCGCCCCCAAGUUCUAUAUAAGCUACAAGUUCAAUUAUAUGCAGCUUUUGCGAGCGGCCAAAACGAGGCUAGUCCUCUGUUCUUUUUGGCUGCCCGAGAGGGCAAGAGCAGGCGGCUAUCUUGCCAAAUUGGGAUUUCCCUCGUUAGUACCGCCAGAAAAAAGUUAUAGUGGCCUUAUGGUAAAUCCGUUAUUGAUAAAGCAUAUUCGGUCAAGAAGGCUGGAUAUUGGCCACGUCCUUUUUUUGCGUUUUUACUGACUUUGACCUCGUCUCGGGCCUUAGAAAGAACUUCGGUUUGGCCAGUAUCCUGCGCUAUCAUAUGACCGGUUCGGCGAGCGGGUAUCAUGAAACGAAUACUUUGUUCUGAUCGGCUACCGGCUGAGCGAGUAAGAUGGGCCUGUCUUGCCCGCUUGGGGUUUUCCGCGUUGGUCCCGCAAGAAAGAUAAAGAGGACUAGGCUAAUAUCCUCACUGAGUUAAUCUUGUCCUCACUCAUGGUUAAUAACACAUACUUGGUUGUAGAUAUAACGUACUAGAAAGAAGUAUUUCUGGGUAUGUAAGGUUAGUUAAGUUGCCACAUGAACUUUGACGGGGCGAACUAGAACGGGGGGCGAAACCUCUCGUUACCAAUAUGGAGGGUAUGGUGCCUAUACAAAUCGGGAAAAUCCCUGGUUGAAGAGCAGGUUGUCGAAACGUCAGUCACUGCCAACAACAGUCCCCACACUACGCUGAUCAGAUUCUACCUACCUGUUGCAGGUUUCCGUGCAUAAGAGAAACCCCUCAGAUGAAAUCAGUGAUCCAAUAGUAGACCUGGCCAUUCUGACGAUGUCUGAUCACUUCAUAGGAAACUGUGUAUCAAGCUUCACUGCAUUUGUCACUCGUUAUCGGGCAGUGGAAAAUAAACCAACAUCAUUUUGGGCUUUUGAUGAAUAG